CCGCUGCUUGCGCAGAGUGCAAGACUGGGCUGGAUCCUGCCGGCGUGGAUGCUGCGCUGUCUGUCCGGGGGAACAAGACCCGAGCGGCGGACUUCAACUUAUGAAUGGAUUUAUGCGGUUGAGAUUUGUUCUGUGCUGCCAUUUCUGUUUUCCCGGGAGCGAUCACGGUUUCUUCGUUGUCUCCUUCCAUGAGAAUUACUCUUACGAGCUUCCUUGCUUCGUUGUUUCCUUAGUAAUUUUGAGUGUGAUAUUGUGCAUUCCGUAGACAACACUCAGGCUUCUCUCCUCAUCCUUUACCAAGGGAGCUCUCCCUGCAAAUAUGAUUUCAUAACAUACUACUCCUUUUACAUCAGUACAGAAUGAGCUUUCUGCAUAAAUCUCUUGUGACUCAACUGCGAUUCAUACAAAUGUUGGAUUAUAAAACUGUGUGUGUGCUGAUAUUGCUAUUUAGCAUCUAUGAAAAGUUAUGGUGGGAUUCUCAAGUGCACUACAAAAGUAACACUCCUGUGGCUACCUGGGGCUCAGGAAAGUCAGGAUAGGUGCUCCACUCUUUUGUGUGCUUCUAGCAUGCAAUCCAGUAUGUAGGGGAGUGAUGCCGCACCUUAAAUCCUGUGUUUAGUUUUUUUGCCCCUCACUACAAGACACACAUUGAGGGGCUGGAACAUGUCCAGGGAAGGGCAACGGAGCUAAAGAAGGUCUAGAGCACAGGUCUGAUGGACAGUAGCUGAGAGAGCUGGAGAGACUCAGCCUGGAGAAAAGGAGGCUCAGGGGACACCUUAGCAGUCUCUACAACUACCUGAAAGGAGAUUGUACCAAGAUGGGUGCCUGUCUCUUCUCCCAGCUCUAGGAAUAGUCACAUAGAUCAUCUGCCUGAGGAUUAUGUGAACCUGGGAACUUCACAUGGAGCAAAAGAUUCAAGAACUGGAAGACGCUGAUGUCAGAAACUGGUCUAACCAACACCCGUCUCUGGCAGCUGAGCGAGAAUGGAUUCUGAAACAGAGUAAAAUGCAAACAGAACUGAACUGGCAGCAGGUCUCUGAGAAUGCUGGAUGUAAUUGGUAUCAGAAAUCAGAGGAUCUAGCACACAGCCUGUCUUCAUCAAGAAAGGAGGUAUUUCAGUAUGACGAUGAAAGUUCUCUGUGUAAAGAUAUCCCUGCUUUGGAAAUAAAAAAGCUGCAGGAACAGAAUUCCAGCCUUCGGGCUGCUAUUGCACAAAUGAGGAAAGAAAUGGAGAGUCUUGAUGAGCAGAUAUUUUCUUCCCUUCCUCUAACAGAAGACAGACAGCUUGCAGAGCAAGGUUCAUUGAGCACAAACAAAAUUUCAACUGGAACCACACUGAACAACAUCAAAGUCAGUUCAGCUAAGUUGGAUUGUAUAGUAAACCCAAACAAAGAAGAGGGGCCAGAACCCAAAGUUCUUGAAGAAAACAUGGUAGAUUUUGGAAAACAGUUACCUGAUGUAGGUGCUGGUGUUGGUUGUCAGUAUAGUGUCAGAUGCACUCUACAAGGAAUGCAAAAUAAACUCAAAGAAGCAGCAAGAAAAAUCUCAAUUCUGAGACAAGAAAAGCGGCAGCUGAUUGAAAUGGGAAACAGACUCAGGGCAGAACUUGGAAUGGUGUUAAAGGAAGGACUCUGGCAUCCUGUUAGCUCUAAACACUGCACAGUUUGUAUUGCCUCUGGCAGUCUCCCUCCAAGAGAGCUUGUCAAAAGAACACAGUAUCAACUAUCAGUUCUAAAGCAUCUACAGCACAGGCUCUCAACACAGGAGCUGCAGUGUGCAAGGCAACAGCACCUUUCAAGGAUCUCUUCUCUUACUGCCUGCCCUAUCUUAAAGGAAGAAGAAGCUCCAAGCAGCUGUGGGGAAGAAACAGAAUUACCAUCUGCUGAGGUUCGGCUAAGGUUCGGCAAUUUCUCUUUUGAAAAUCAUGAGCCAGAUACAAUCUCAGCAGCAAAGGCAGAUACAUCCACAAAAAUUGUUCAAACUCAGCUGCUUAGUCAGAGUCCUAGUCAAGUCCAGCAGGUCCUGCUUUCUUCAUCUAGAGCACAUAAUUUCUGUCAAAUUUUAGACAUGGGAUCAAGCCUUUCUCUACUCAGUCCUCGAAAGAACACCAGCCAGGCAGAGUUUGAAGUUGUACGUUCAAUCAAGCAAUAUGAAGAAUCUCAGCAAAAUGUCAAAGCCAAGGACAAACUUGAAACAUCAGCUGAAGAUUUGACAAUCCGAGGAACAAGGCUGGAAGUUCAGCAGAAGUUAAAAUCCAGGAGUUUAUCUUAUCAUCUAUUAAAACCAAAAAUCCCUUCUAGCAUGGCAAAAAUCCGCAAUUAUAAUAUUAAAGACUGAUUUCUAUGUUGACAGCAUGUCGUAGGUCCGCACUUGCUAUUAACUUACUUUGACAUCUCUAUAUUAGGUCUAAUUAUCAGCCUCAGUUUUGUAUGUUAGGUUGAGAUAUUUGCAGCCAGAAGUGAGAACAAAUACCCUGCCUCAUACACUGAAGCCUAAAAUAAAGGGUUAAUCUGUGUACAUGAUGAGAUUACAGUCUUCACUGUUAAUACCGAUUUAUUUUAAUUAUAUAUGUUAAGAUUUUCUUGCAUCAUGGAUUUAGAAAUGCCCAGUUAAUACACAGGUAAAGCCUUGUGCCUUCAGGCAGGGCUUGCAGGACUUUAGCAGGUAUUUUGUUGAGAAACUGUAGAUGUGAUUUAAGCUUAGAAGUGGGAUGCCUCAACCUACUUGUCUUCUUCUAAUUAACAAUGCAACCGUUAAUCCUGUGCAGCUAUCUUUCUACUUGAAAGAAAGGGGUUUAAAAACAUUACAUCUGAGUCAAUAUUAUUUCUUAUUUUCUGUAGCUCUUUCCAUUCGUUCAGAGAGCAUGAAAGAGUAUAAAAUUAAAUUUCUACUGUCACACCAGUGAUUGUAUUUUCCCUUGACAAGAGAUUGUACAGACUUUAAAGCAGUGAGAAAAACUGCUACCAUGUUAGAAUCGUAUGCUUAGAAUAAUACAGACAUGUCGUAAGAAGUAAGUCUUAAAACAGGUGAAACUGAAAGAAAAUUUGAAUGAGUUGUGAUGUAACAAAGGAUAUCUCUGUAAUAAUGAACAUGCCAGGACACUAAUACAAGUAAUCAGUGUAUUUCUGUAGCAGUUCCAGUAAUGUUGAGCUGUCCUGGGAUAUUACAGAGAUUAACUUUCCUAUAAGUAAAGGAAAUGCACAUGAAAAAUUUAAAAAAAAAAAAAAAAAUUAAUUGUGGGAAUGGUCAAGCACUGGAACAGAUUGCCCAGAUGGGUUAUGGAGUCUGUCUAUGGAGAUACUCAAAACCCAACUGGACAUGGGCCUGGCCAGACUGUUCCAGCUGACACUGGAGUUGAAGGCUUGGACUAGGUGAUGUCAAGAGGUACCUUCCAAUCUAAGAGAUUCUGUGAUUCUGCAGGUGGUAUCAUUGAAGUGAAUAAUAGGUUGCUGCUAAACAUAUAAAAUCUAAAAAGGACACUCACUUACCCAUGAGUGUCUUUUUUUUCUGGAGCUUUUUUAAUAUAUAUAUGCUUUCCUGAUACUCUUUGCAAAGAGUGCUCUCUUCAGUACGUUAUCAAUAAUGUGAUAGUAAUCAGUUUGAGAAUUUGAAUAAUUAUUCUGUACUACCCACUGAAAAUACUUUGCUUUAGU